AUGAUUCAGUCCUACACUGAGACCCGCGCCUCCUUCUUUUUCUUCUUCGUGUACCUGGUCAUUUGCCUUUACUUGCUGCAAAACGUGCUCCUCGCUGCGGUGUAUGAUGCCUACAAGGACCAACUGAAGCGGCAAUUGUGUAAGUUUCUUGAUUUGAAAACGUAUUCGAUCAAGCAGGCCUUUGAGGUCUUAGCCUUGAAGUCUGCAAUAGGGGUCCCGGUGAUCACGCUGGAGAGGAUUUUCCUUCACUUCAUGUUCGAGAAGGACAAAGCGUAUGUGCAACAGCAGGCCCACCGAACCUUCAAAGCUAUGGACGCUGAUGGCAAUGGCUACAUCGAGCAAAAAGAGUUCUGCAUGGUUGUGGAGGUGCUCUCCAACCCCAGGAUCUACAUCCCCAUGCGGCCGGUUCCCAGUAUGGCGCGCAGCCGCUUGGGCAAAGGCUUGGUGCACCUCUUCAUGAGUGGGGUGAGGGUGGCGGACUCUCGAUAUUCUUGGCGCGCCAUUAUGGACAUUGUAGUUUUGAUCGAAGUGUUGCUUGCACUGGGUCAGACAAUUGUCUUUGUCUCGCCGCGCUGGGGUGGCAAGUUCCGCGACGCGCCCUUACGACCGCCGAGCUUUUGGUUCAAGUCUUUGAUGGCAACGACGGUAUUCUUUGCAGGGCAGAUUCUGAUUCAGAUGCUGGUGAUAGGCCCAGCGAGGUUCUGGAACCGCUUGCCCUACCGGCACCGGUUUGAUGGGUUGACUAUUUCAGUUCUUUUGACGAUGCAGCUGGCAGCUAUUUUUUGCGACCAUGCGCCAGACUGGCUGGUCCGAACCGUCUUGGUGAUACACAUCGCCCGUGCCAUAUGCCUCAUGUGGUACAUCGAACCAUUUCGAUAUUUAACGGCGCUCCUGGCACGCCUGCUGCCCGUGUACUACCGGUUGGGGCUCCUGCUGUUGAUGGUUAUCGUAGCAUCUUCCGGGACUGAGGAGCAACUGUUUGGAGGGCGCAUGCUGCCUGCGCAACUGAAGGGCAGUGGCUAUGCUGAAGACCAGUAUUGGCCUUUGAACUUCGACGACUUCCCUUCAGGCCUAGUCACUCUCUUCAGCGUCAUGGUGGUCAACAAUUGGUUCGUUCUCGCGGGAGGCUUUAUGCAGGUCACCACACCUUAUGCAAGCAUUUUCUUCGUCUCAUUCUUUGUGAUCGUAAACCUUGUUGUUCUCAACAUCCUCAUCGCGCUUAUCAUUGAUACCUCCGCAGUGGUGCGGGAGGAGAUUGAGGAGAAGCAGCUGAGCUUCACUCGAUAG